GGUUUCUCAAAGCAUUUAUAGACUGGACACCUCUUCCGUCUAGCAAGAAAAACCAAGCAACUUCCCUUUCUUCAUAAUAUCACAUCAUAGUACAACAACUUCUUCAAAGUUCAACUACUGAUCAAGAUGCACUCCAAGAUCAUCCCUACCAUUAUUGCUGCAGCUGGUGUCGCAGUCGCCCAGCGCCCGACUGACACACCAAUCUGCGACUACUACACGACAGCACUGUUGAAGAACAACACGGCCGAAAACCAAUACACCCUGCUGACACUCCUCGUAAACACUGCUGUUAUUGGAAAUUACACUACGCCAAACGUGGGAGUCAAGGUGCCCGGAAUUCUAGCAACAGGUACCUACAAUGGUGCAGAAGUCAACCUCCUCCCUUACUUCAAUGGAGAACUUGCUUCUUCCAACAGAGGUGGCAGCUCCGGUGUUUCCGUCAAUUUCUUGGAUGGUGGUGGCGCGGCGCCUCUGAUGAAGAACAUGCCUGCCAACAACGACCAGUCUCAGCAAUAUUUCCUUCUGACCCAUCUCUACCAAUUUUUCGGCGCCCUUCUCGGUUGCUCCAAGUAUGGCAUGGCUGGCUUCCCCCGAUACGGCGGGUCUGCCUCCAUGUAUGAAGUGCACAAGUUCAUGGACCUAGACGCGAAUGAGCUCGGAUAUUUCAUCGAGCAGGUUGCUCUUGCUGGGGCAUCGUUUGGUGUCACCCAGGAUGACCUUAAGACUGUUGGUAUGGCUUUGAACCAGCUCUUCGGCCUCCGUUGUAGCCCUGCCGCUACGGCAAUUCCUGAGCAGGGACCUCAGUUGCAGGCGAUAUGCAUUGCUGACGACUGCCCUCUCUCACCCAACGCCGUCUGUUCCAGUUAUCAAACAGCUGUUGAGCCGAAAAAGGCUACUGGGAACUCUACUGCCACUAGCUCAACAUCGGCGACAACAGUAUCCCCAAGCACAGUACCAACAGCCGGUGCAGUUAUGCAGAGCGCAAGCUUAGCCAUCAUUGCUGGUGUUCUUGCCUGUCUUAUCUAACACAAGAAGCGAUAGAACAAGGAAUGAAUUGGUGGCGUGGUUCGAUGGCAAGGACUUAGUGGAAUUUUGCGUCAUAUAUGUUGUUUAUUCUCAUGGCAAUUCAUUGUCUCAUUUCAGGUAUAAUCACGCUCGAGGCACAGAAGCCUGCGUGAAUACUUUGCAUUGUACAAUGUCCAUAUCAGACUGGCCAAGUGGAUGAACUCACGAUGCUCGUUCAUCUUCGGUUAUCUUUACAAGCUCUUCCUAUAGACGAGUAUGGUAUCCUCAAACCAUCAUAGAUGUUAAACUCCUCUCCUAGUAUCCUACCAAUGCCCGU